ACGGAUGUCACCUCUGAACGCCGCCGUCCGGCCCGCGCGGCCAAGGGGCGUGUCGAGAAGGUGUGGCGCACGGUGAGGUGGGCGGAGUCUUUCCCUGACGAAGCACUCGGAAUGGACAGCGUCGACCUAACACCAACAUUUGCCGGCAGGAAAAUCGCUGCUCUUUGUGAGAGAAAGCAGUUCCAGGAUUGUGCAGCGCUUGUUUCCCGCCUUAAUGGCUUCACCUUGUCCGCCAUCUUGUCAGACCUGCCGCAGUCUCUUCCCACCGGCCAGCUCAUGACAGACCAACUGGUCAAGCGACUGGUCAUUGUAUUUGCCACAGAGUCUCUGACAGACACUGACCGCGGCGGGUAUUUGCAGAGCUGCAAGGCCAUUGUCCGGGUCAUACUGGGGGUCGAGACCAACUUCAGGAACAUUGUAGCGCAGAGAAAGUCUGCCAUUGACAAGUGGUGGGCGGGUCCCGUUGGUAAACGAAACAAGAUCACGUGACCUGGGCAGACGAGAAGGCUUUGUAGUGACGUCAUCCUCGUCUCGCGUUGCCGGCAAUGGAGACUGGCAGGACAGAUCCACCGACAGUUCACCACACACCCCGUCUCGUCUCUGGAGGACCUCAGUCUAGGAGACCAGCGUCCCACCGCACUCGUGCGUUCUUACGACAGUAUGUACCGCGAGGGUCGGGUGGAUACCUUGGACGCCCUGGACUCCCUUACGGAACUGCAAGGGCUGGACAUUUUGAAGAUGAAGAUUUUGUUUUCUGUUGUCGUGCUUUCCUUCCGCUGUGCCCAACAACACUUCCAAGAUCUCCGUGGACGUCUAAGGCACCUCUUGUGUCUUCCACCACCAACAACUGACGCCCCCACCGAUCCCCUCGCCUGGGACAUAGAGGGACACAUCAGUAACUUCCUCACCCGGACAACACAAACCUAUGACAUCGGCGCAAUUGUUCACGAUGUCUGUGGGAACAUCUAUGCCACUCUCUACGACUACCCCGGCCUCAAGACGUGCGCGGGUCUGGCUGACUACACGGCCUCUGUGGUUCGUCUGGCAUGGGCCCUGAGCGUUCAGCAACCGCCCUACACUAUAGCCUACGACCACCGGUCCUUUCUGCCACAGUACCACGUCCGUUUCCACACGUCGGACAGUGACACUGACGCCAUCAAGAGCUUUUUGUGGCCAGUUCUCCUGGACAGCCAGUCUGGAGACUGUGUGGCAAAGGGAGUGGUCAUCACGUGACGUCAUAUUGAGUGCAUCUGUUGAAUGUCUGUUCCAUUUCAUCUGAGAUCUGCAGUAUUCUUUAGUAUGAACUGAUAAACUCGAGGACUGAAUUUAGAUUUUUCCGUUGUCAGUGCAUAAAAUUAUUUGCGAUUUUAUUCGAUGCAAAUAAAACAUCAUCAGAAAAACACAACGGUUUGCUUUAAUAGCACACAUAUUUGAAGGCAUUAAUUCGGAAGAAUGUGGGCGUUGAUAAUUAAUAUAAUAUAUGGCUCUUGGGGCAUGCUGAGUCAUGUUUUGAAAGGGUUAUAUUCGAAAAAGUGGACCCAUUGUAUAAGGACCAAAUGUAAAUUUAUGGUGCAAAAGACAGGAAGACAUCUUUAUGGUUAACAUCUGUAUAAAUGACAUUCUCUGAAAUAUUAGCAGCAAAAAAGUAGUGGCCUUGUAUAGUACUUUACGGCGUAAAGGUAGCUUGAGAGAGAGAGAGAGAGAGAG